GUGUACGUAAAUAUCCACACAUAUUUGGAAUCUUCGAUACACUGUUCAACAGGUCGGUCCUCGCUCUACCAAAACACAAACCAAAUAGGAAAUAUCAAAGAAGAAUCAAUACCAGUAGCAAUGGCAACAAAAAGUACACGUCAACUACUUCCGGAUGUAAAUGGCCAUGACCUCCCUCAUUUCAUUAAGAAAGUUCUGAAUAAUAUAUGCGACUUCUACGAUGAACAGGACCUCAUAGAUGUAACAUUUAAAUUGUCUAAUCCGACCGCUAUGAUUCCAGCACACCGCUUAAUACUAUCAGCGGCAAGUCCAUAUUUUAAAGAUUUAUUCAAAAGCGACAAGGGCCUAACUCCUGUUAUCGAAGUAAAUGACAUAGACAGUGACGCCUUUGAGCGUUCAAUAACAUUAUGCUACACCGGCAAGGCACUCAUAACCAUCGAAAAUGUGGACGCAAUGCUGAAGGCAGCAAUAUAUUUGAAGUUGGAUGAAGCGGUUGUCGCUUGUGUUGACUAUAUUUUGCAGCAUAUAACUGAGUAUACACUGCAGCGGGCAUAUUGCUUAGAGCGUGAAACUCAGUGUGUAUCACUGCAAGAGAAACUCUUGGAAUAUGAAGUAAAUAAUUUCAUGGAGAUGAGCAAAAGUCCCGAGUUCCUUAGUUUCGAAGCUGAUAAAUUACAUGCUAUUAUAGAGAACAAUAAUUUGAAUGUGCCUUGCGAAGAAGAUGCUUUUCAUGCUAUUAAACGUUGGUAUGAGUACGAUGCUCCUGGGCGGCAACAGAAACUACCAGAUUUAAUCGGUUGUUUACGACUGACACAAAUUGAAAUGAGUUUCUUAAUGGAAAACGUUCAAUCAUUGCCUGGAUGUGAGGUAUUGGCGUUGAGAGCAAUAUCGUGGAUUGGUAUACCUGCAAACCGAACAAAAAUAUCGUUGAAGUUCACAGCACCACGAGAAAAUGUAUGUAAAUUGCUGGGAGAGACAACUUUGCUGGCGGUAAAAUAUGCUGGCUGUAAAGGCACAAUUUUCCAAUAUGACCAAACUGAAGAUGAAUGGCACAAAUACGCUGAAGUAGAACAUGAUGCAAGCGAGUACGGAAUGGUUCUUAUGGAAGACAAUAUUAUUUACAUUGGUGGUGUACGAGAUGGCAAAGCAACUAACGGUGUUAAAAGCUGGAGCUUAAAAACGAGAACGUGGAGGACGUUGCCUUCAAUGCUUCAACAAAGAAAGUGGCGAAGUGCUGUACUAUUAAAUGGAAAUGUAUACGCAAUUGGUGGACAUAGCUCAGAUGGAGAAUAUUCGAAGUCUGUGGAAAAGUAUUCACCCGGUAGCGAAUGGAAAUUAGUUAGCAGCAUGAUUACGCCACGAAGUCAAGCUGGUGCAGUGGCUUUGAAUGACAAAAUUUUUGUUAUGGGCGGCUUUAAUGGAUACCGUUUAAAAUCUGUUGAAUGUUACGACCCAUCUUCGAAUAUUUGGACACAGUGCGAGUAUAUGAAUAAAGCUCAUGAUUUACCUGGGGCAGCCGUACACGAUGGAUGCAUAUACGUUUUAGGAGGUAAUUGGGAAGAUAAAACAGUCGAGCGUUAUCACCCUGAAAGUGACAAAUGGACAAAGAUGUGCUCUUUGAAUGUUGGACGUAGUGGAAUGGGUUGUGUUUUUGUAGGUGAUAAACUGUGGGCUGUCGGAGGUCAACAAAACUAUACAUUUACAAAUGCCGUAUCAGUUUACUAUGCCGAAUAUGAUGAAUGGGUCGAAAAGAAACCAAUACCUGAAGCAGGUCGAUACAGGUGUUAUGUUGUGCCUAAAGCUUUACUUCAAUGUGAAUAAGAGAUAAGGAAAUUUACAAAGUACUUAGUUGAAGACUUACUAGAGAUCAAUGUAUUUAUUUUGCUAACGCAACUUUUAAUUUUCAGCUUAUCUUGAACAUGAAUUUUAGUUUAAUGGUUUCUAUUACUUUAAAAUAUGUUUGUUUGUAAAAUGCGUUUUUUAAAUAUAUAGUAAAUAUAUCCAACAAGGUAGAAGUGAUUUUGAUGGUUCUCCGUUUUGGACUGCGACUGGAAUAUCAAAUAAAUAAUAGAUAUUCGAAAUCGUAUUAAAGGAAUCGGUUUCUUUUUCUUUUUCUAACACUAUAUAUCGAUGGCUGAGUGGAAGAUCGACUUAUCUCGACAGCCAAUUCGAAAACAGCCUAUCUCAGAAAACUUUGCAAGA